AUGACCAUCGAGACCACUUCCCAACGCUCCCUCCCACGGACGGGCCUCGCGGCCCUCCUCCCUCAACUCGACAUCCCCGGCUCCAUCCAACUUCCCGAUGGAACGAUCGUGAAAGUCGGCGCGGGCGAGCCAAUCUACCGCGUAAUAUUCCGCUCAGCUCGCGCGCUCCGAACCCCAAUGACAGAACUCAGCAUCGGCCGCGCCUAUUUAACCGGCGAAAUCGACUUCGUAUACGACUACCUCCGCGACGCGACAAAGAUGAAUGCGAAAGCCAUCGGCGAGCAUUACAGCCGCAGCGACGACUUCUAUCUUACGUUCAUCGACAAGAGAUACCGGAUGUAUUCGCAGGGCUUAUUCAAGUCUCAAGACGAGAGUAUAGAAGAUGCAUCGGAACAUAAAAUGGAAACCAUGUUCUCGAGUCUAGGCCUGACGCCUGGCAUGCGGAUAUUAGAUAUCGGGGGUGGAUGGGGUGGAGUCACGCAGUACUGUGGAGCUCGAGGGGUGCAUGUCACGACGUUGACACUGACGGCGGAUUCUGCGCGGUUUAUCCAGAGUCUUAUUACGGAGGGUAAUCUCCCCGGGGAAGUCUUCUUGCAGGACUUCUUCAACCACAAGCCUCAGAAGCCGUACGAUCAUAUUGUCAUCUUCGGGCCAUGUCUGGGAACUCCUGGCCCGGGAGGCAAGAUGUACCUUGAUGGCUCUGCAGCAGUGACCAAGUAUAGCCCCAGCGCUUUUACUCGAGAAUAUAUCUGGGGUGGCACGCAUACAUUCUUCACGCUGCAAGACGUCAUCCGAGAAUUACUGUAUCACGGGUUUGAAAUUGUCGAUGUUGCGCGGGAGACGACGGACUACCAGCUGACGAUGCUCGAAUGGGCCAAGCGACUCGAUGCUGCGAAAGAGACCAUCAUCGCUGGAUGGGGCGAGGAGACAUACCGUCUGUUCCGCUUGUUCUUGUGGGCGGAACGCAUGCAUUCAAGUCGAAUAGUCUACAGGCGUAUCAUCUCGUCGCCGAACGGACGUCUUUUGAAGGGCCUCGCCCAUCUAAGGUGCGUCGAAUGUUACAAGUCCUAG